AUGCCGGUCUUUAAUCAUGCUCAAAUGUACAUAGUAGUCUCAAGGACUUUUGGUGGAAAGACAAUAGUUUUGGGCGGCAAUUUUAGACAUAUCCUACCUGUUAUUCCGAAAGCAACAAGACCAGUAGUUGUCGGAGCAACUAUUAAUUCUUCAUACCUGUGGACAAAUUGCAAGGUAUUAAGGCUCACAAAGAACUUGAAACUACGGACCUUAGCUUCAAAGGAAGAUAGACAAACGAUUGAUUGGUUUUCAAAAUGGAUUACAGACAUCGGAGAUGAGAUUGCAAGGGUUGUAAACGGCGGUUCAUUUGAGAUCGAUAUUCUGGCAUGGUUUUUGUUGAAGUGUGGACAUGAUCCCAUAGCAACUAUAGUGGAAAGCACAUUCCCAAGCUCGAGAUAUGACAUGCUUGAUGAGUCACAGCUAGAAGGCCAAGCAAUUCUCUCCCUGACUUUAGAUGUCGUUGAUCAAAUUAAUCAGUACAUGUGCGACAUGAAUACUGCAGAAGGACAAACAUAUUUAAGUUGUGACUCUUUGUGUAAGGGCAGAAUCAGACAAUGA